CACCACCGCUAUGGGUGUCUAGAAACUGAAGGGCGAGGGGAGCUUGGAAGGGAUGAAGCGUUUAUACGCAAACCCCACCACAACAGGGGCGUGGUCAACGCUGGGUGUGAUGAGGCAGCUUCCCCUCGGAUAGCUUCCUACAACGCCCAUAUUUUAUUGUCGAGGAAGGGACUUUUAGGACAUUUUCAAGAGUACUUGGAGCACGACGCUAAGGAGAAAGACGAACUAGAAAGUGUAACGGACCGGAACGAAAGGACUUCUGCUCCCCGGGCAGGAACCGCCCCCGAAACAAAAACGGUGCAUCCUCUUCAGCCAUCCUCCAUCCAUUUUGAGGAUAGGCCGAGAGCGCAACAAAGGAGGGGGGCGGGGUCUCGCUUCCUGGCCAAUCCCAUGUAAGAGUGCUGGGACAGUUUCCUUGUGAUGUCAUUUCAAUGCGCGUGUGGGGCGGGGUGGGGGGGCGCCUAUAAAAAGGGACUUCCGGAAUUACAGCAGAAGUGCCUGCUGGGGGAACGCUUUUCCACUCUUCUGGGAACUGUUUCACUUAACAUCGUAAGCUUGUUAUCUGAGGUCAAUGACGCAGGUAUGCUGGUUAGUGAAGCAGGACAACUGCCAUCAACGAAUCAGACUGCCACAUCUAGAAACAGUGGUGAUAGGACGUGGUCCAGAGACCAAAAUAACUGACAAGAAAUGCUCUCGGCAACAAGUACAUCUGAAAGCGGAAUGCAAUAAGGGCUAUGUCAAAGUAAAGCAGAUGGGAAUCAAUCCAACCAGUGUUGACUCAGUAAUUAUUGGGAAAGACCAGGAGGUAAUGCUAAAGCCAGGACAGAUUCUCCACAUUGUGAAUGAACUUUACCCUUACACUGUACAAUUUGUAGAAGAAACUGAGAAACCUGUUUCAGGAGGAGAAAGGAAGAGGAAGAGGCCUUGUGAUGACAAUGAAACUGAUGAGGAGAUUAAAUCAGGAAAGGUGGAAGCAGAGCCCUUGGACUGUUCAGAGGGUACUUCAGCUCUUAAGCCGCCAACCAGCACCAGAUCUGUCCCAGAUCUUUUGAAGGGGGAAAAACCUUCCCAUAAAAAGGCAUCCUUUGGGCAUUGGAGUCAAGGCUUGACAAUUUCUAUGUAUGACCGUAGAAUGCAGGUUUACAGAGAUGACCGAGUAGUUGUGAUUAAUGAUAAAUUUCCCAAAGCUCAAUACCACUGGCUUGUGCUACCGUGGGACUCCAUUUCCAGUUUGAAGAAUCUAAACCAAAAACAUGUAAAGCUUCUCAGACACAUGCAGACCGUAGGAGGAAAGAUGAUUGAUCGAUGUGUAGAAUCUAAACGUGUGCGGUUUCGAUUGGGUUACCACGCUGUUCCCAGCAUGAACCACUUGCAUCUUCAUGUGAUCAGUCAGGAUUUUGAUUCUCCAUGCCUUAGGAAUAAAAAACACUGGAAUUCCUUCAAUACAGAAUACUUCCUUGAGUCGGAAGAUGUAAUAAACAUGAUCAAGAAACAUGGAAAAGUGAUUAUUCCACAAGGAGUAUCUGACUUUUUGAACUUACCCCUGUGCUGUCAUAUAUGCAAGGAGCAGCAACCCACCAUCCCCCAGCUGAAAGAUCAUCUCAGGAAACAUGGAUCAAAGUGAUUUUAUUGAACAUAAUCACUUUUAAGAAGAGAAUCUGAAGUCCAGGUGUUGGGAUUAAACUCCUGAUACCUUUUCUGGAUUUUUUUCAGAAGCUGAAGAACUGGUACUUGUUUAAUUAAAAUGAGUAAAAAAAAAUAGGCAUACUUUAUUCUUUCAGCCAUGAAAAUGGGUGCGUAGUCACAUUGAAAUCACGUGCCAAUAAUGGGCUAGGGCUGCUUGGUUGGCGCAGGGGAUGAUAGAGUGCUGGCCUGCAACUCUGGCCUCAGACACCUAUUGUGUGACCCUGGAGAAGUCACUUAACCUUUAUUUGCCUCAGUUCCUCGUCUGCAUCACAAGGAUAUCCUGGAGAAGGAAACGGGAGACCACUGCAUAGCUUUGCUGUGGGGUCCCAAAGAGUCCAGCCCAACGGAACAAAUCGUGGGUUCUCUGCAGUAGAUGAAUGUGACGCUGCAGGUCAUCGAGACAACAUUUAAAAUUGUCUUUCCCCUAGUAGAAAUGGUGAAAUGACUUGCCUCUGAUCGCAUAAUUAAGUGGCAGAGCUGAGUCUUGGCGUCCACCAUUUUUUCUACUGUGCUGUACCUUCCUCAGGGCCAAAAGAAAGCCCAGUGACCCAAGCAGGGUUGGAACCUGCAGCCUGCGCUGCUUUGUUACCGCGCGUGGUCAGAGCACUGACACGCCUCUUCAGAUGAGGGCUGUAGUCUAUGUUUUCUCCCAUAAUCCUUCAUAAGGCAGGAUGGUUUCGAGAAUACGGGGCUGCCCUGGGAACACUGCGUAUUGAGUGGCUUUGGGACCCUGGACUCGGCCUUCAAUGCCUCAGAGCUUCAGGUGACUCCCAAACUAUGCAUAACUGAGGGUUGUUAGAUCACUGAUUACUGACCCUGUUAUAAUAAGAAAGAUUAUUUGUUAAAAUGUUAGUUAUUCAGAGCCUAUUGAAAUAAUUUAGGUUAAUCUUCAGGAAAAUGUCUUUUUCUUCAGACUAAAGGAAUUUUGCAUGUAAUGGGGGGGGUUGUGGUUUAUAAAUUAUAACAUAAAUGAUAAAAUAUAACAUAAAUUAUAACGUGUCUUAGGACCUAAUAGUUGAGACUUCAAAAGGACAGACCAGGAAGGCAGUGGGAAGUUUGGAAUCUCUAGAAGUGAGUCAUUGCAAGAAGAAUGUGCGCAGAACUCUUUUCUCAGACAAUUAGAAAUGUGGAGGUAACAUUAACUUAAUAGUAUCUAAACUAAUUUUUAAUUGUUUCUCAUUUUUAAAAGUAACGAAAAAAUAAAGAUUUUUGAUGAAGACAUAUAAAAAA